AUGAUAAACCGACUAAAACAUGUACCCAAGAGAGCUAUAGUAGCACUGGAGGAGCUGCGGAAGUGCAUCGCUCAGGUGAAUUGUUUCUACCAUGGGGAGGUUCUGGGCAUUGAAGGUUCCAGCGUUGCUGUCAGCACCUGUUCAGGGCUCAGGGGACUGAUUUCUCUGAACACAAGCGUGAGCUACCUAAUAGAGCCUCUUCCUGACUCCAUGGACGCUCAGCAGCACGCUGUGUUCAGAGCAGAGAGUCUCCGUCUGCCCGGGGGAAGCUGCACGCAUCACCAUGGCAACCAGGAGCAUUACGCCGGGCUCGGUGACUUCAUCCAAGGAAUGGUGUCGCCACAGAACAAGAGGGAGAAAAGGGAAGUGAUGCAGAAUAUGAAGUACGUGGAGCUUCUGUUGGUUGCAGACAGAGCUGAGUUUGAGAGAAAUGAGAUGGAUUUUUACAAGACGCAACAAAAGCUGCUGGAAGCAGCCAACUUGGUUGACAAGUACUACAAGGAUUUGAAGAUCCGCGUGGCUUUAAUUGGUCUGGAGGUUUGGACUGACAAGGACCAGAUCAACGUGUCCAACAACCCACACAGCACCUUGGCCGGGUUUCUGACCUGGAGACGGAAGAUGCUCAAAAUUCUCCCCAACGACAACGCUCAGCUCGUCACGUCAGUAUCCCUCCUUCUAAAAGGAGCAAUUCUUUUUUUAUUUCCUUUCGUCUUGCCAAAAACUCUCGCCCCUCCAUCUCCAUUAAGUUACAAUCCCAACAUGUGCACCACUUACCACAUGGGGAUGCUAAAGGACCACUCACCAGUGUCUGUUGGGGUCGCUGCCACCAUUGCACACGAGAUGGGUCACAACUUUGGAAUGAAUCACGACAGAGAGAGCUGCUGCAAGGCCAAAGCAGAAGAUGGUGGCUGCAUCAUGGCUGCUGCAACUGGGUCUCCCUUUCCCCGUGUGUUUAAUGACUGCAACCAAGAGGAACUUAACAGUUACCUGAACUCUGGAGGAGGCAAGUGUCUCUUUAACCUGCCCCAUGUUGACUCGCUGUACGGAGGGCAGCGCUGUGGAAAUGGUUACCUAGAGAAAGGAGAGGAGUGUGACUGUGGAGAGGAAAAGGAAUGCACGUCUCCAUGCUGCAAUGCCAACAACUGCACCCUGAAAGCUGGAGCUGAGUGUGCCCAUGGAGUCUGCUGCCAUAACUGCAAGAUAAAGAGCCCUGGAGAGCUUUGCCGAGCGACUUCUGGGCUGUGUGAUCUUCCAGAGUUCUGUGACGGAAAAUCGGAGUCAUGUCCAGCCAAUUUCUACUUAGCGGACGGUACAUCCUGCGCACAUGGACGGGCCUACUGCUACACUGGGAUGUGUCUAACCCUGGAGCAACAGUGUCAGUCUCUCUGGGGCCGAGAUCUGACCCCCCUCAGGCAAAUGAUCAACAAGAUUGGUAACGGGUACCGACUCAGGAACGGGGCCAACAUUGGUCACCUCCUCUACAUAGAUGACAUCAAGCUGUAUGCUAAGAAUGAGCGAGACACUGACUCUCUGAUCCAUACCACCUGGAUCAUCGACACAGACAUCGGGAUGUCAUUCGGACAAGAGAAGUGUGGUCAGAUGGUAACUAAGAGAGGGAAGGUAGUCCACACAGAGGGGGUCUCACUCCCAGAAGGAACAAUAGCUGACAUUGAGGACAGCUACAAGUACCUUGGAAUCCCACAAGCAAAUGGCAACAGCACCCUGAGAGUGUACACCAGCUGUAAGGAAGGAGGCCAAGGACUAAUGGGCGUAAGAGACACUAUCCAGGAUGAAACAUCCAAGACCUAUAAGUACAUCAAGGACAAGGCUCCAACAGACGACAUGUUCGCCAUGACGCUCUCCGCUCUGUUCUUGUCUUUCCAGCUGUGUAACAACAACCAGAACUGCCACUGCGACCCCGGCUGGGCUCCUCCUUGGUGCAACCACAGCGGGCCAGGAGGAAGUGUGGACAGUGGACCUCCAAAGAGUCCAGGUUUUCCAAUUCCAGUUCUCCUCCUUCUGGUUCUUUUUGUGGUUUUGGCUACUUUCGGGCUUUGGUUCUGCUACAAUCAUACAUUUGUCCCGCCUCAACGAGUGCCAAAAUGUUUGGAUGCAGCUGAAGGGAAACGGAUGGAGCCUGAGGCUCCUUCCAACGGUCAUCCAAACGCAACUUUCCGGGUGGAUAAGGAGGAUUCGUCUCCAUCUCACCUGAGCCCGUUACCCUCAGCUCGGCCCAGACAAACAAUCAAGCGUCCUGCGAUGACGCCUCCUCCCGUCCCCUAUCAGGCAGCUGAGCAGAAAGAAAUCAGAAAGAAGAACCAGGCCCCCUUCCCACCCGCUGCUUCUUCUCCUCAGGGACAGAAACCACGUCAGGUUUCACCAACCUUUCCAAUCCCUCCAUCUUUACCUCCACAGGACCCUAAAAGGCAGCUGCGACCAGACCCCCCUAGGAGACCUCCACCACCCUGUCCUGUCAGCAGUCAUUUCCCGGAUCAACGUAACUGUAAUAUAAAGAGACCUCCGCCUCCAAUUAAAAAGAUGCAGCGAGGACAUGAUGCUUUGGCUCCAUCUGCUGGUCAGAAAAUGCCAAACAGACUUUAGACUGAAAACUCAGGAAGACACUGGGAUCGCCUCUUCCAUCCAGAACUGGAACUGCCUUCUACUGUUUUUAUUCCAAAUCUGCAGUACAGUGGAUUAGGACAAAUACUUGAUUGUGUGUUUCCACUAAAGAUUUAAUCUGAAGGAUUUAUGCCUCAGUAGAAGUCUGCUUUAUCCACAUGAAACCGCCAGAGCUGUGAAUAUUUCUUAUUUUUUAUUUCAUUUUAUAAUGCUUGAUGUGAAUGGAAACGAUUUGAGCUAUUUAUAAAUUAAAAAUAAUAAAAUGUUUACAGAUCAUUGUCAACUAUGAAUGUCUUAUAUUAAGAAAACGUGGGAAAAAAACAGCAUUGUGACCUUUUUACAAGCGAUCGAUAAUAAGAAAUGUAAUAGUAUUCAGCUGUUGUCAUGGUAACCUCAGAAAAUCUUACAUCUAUUCUGUAAGUAGAUGCUUAGAUGGAUGAAUGAUGAUUUUUUUUAAAGUUAACUGGACUUUUCACAUUUUAUUUCAAACUUCAUGUUGUUUGUCAGCUUGAAGCCAUUAUUAAAAGUUAUGAUGUCACUUUUGAAACCGUUGGAUUGGAGAAUUCAAGUUUAAGGUACCCAUUUCAUUCCAAUCAUUUCAAUGCUGACAAUCAGAUUUUUUCUUUCUUAUUUAUAGUCCUUUCUGUAUUAAGUCAUACAUAUGGAUUAAUGACACACAAAUGAUUGUAAAGAUUACAUGUGAUUGUAAAAAUGUUCAUGUAAAACUAACAAAAAGUAAUAUGUGAAACUGCAAGCUGGAUCGCGCUUAUAAAUGUAAAGUCAUUGGUCUGUUUUACAAUAUUAUGGUAAUUUAUUAACCCCAUUAAAUCCACUCUAUCCAAAGGCAUGUUUUAUCUUCACACAACCUAUGCAAACAGAUGCAAACCUGCAUCUCCG